CCGCCGUGUUGCCAAACAAGCAACCCACUACCGCUCCCAUCACCACCACCACCAGCCGACGUCUCGACCGGUCGUGGACAGACCAUCAGGUGUAUACACAUUCGUUCGGGCGUGGAGAGUCGUGGACAGUCGCGCAUCGGCGUGGAAGCGAGAUUUUCACGGUUCAGUCGGAAACAUCCAGGGCCGCCGCCAAUCAGCGCCGCCAAUCGAGGAGACGCACGCAUUGGCGCACUCUUUUGCCCCAACGCGCGUUCUGUACCUUCGUUCUCCCAGCAACAGCGAAGCAUCAGCCUCUCUCCUUCCUUGCACACAGCACCAUCGCUCUUUCCUGGAACCACACUCCACCACCUCCACCACCGCAGCAGUGCGGCAUCUCUCUGUUAUUUCGUCGACUUCGCAACGGCAGGACCUGCUCGCUGUCGCCCUCGUUUGACUUGCUCCUGCUCGUGUCUGGGAUUCCGAUCGUGGACUCCACCAACGCUCGCUCCAUUUCUGCCCGCCACUCCCGAUCAACACACACACGGCAGACCGCUCGCUCGUCAACAGCACCACCCUCUACAAUACGGCUACAGACCCAUAAUCGCGAGCACGCGGCACCGCUCUCCCCCAAUUGCAGUGCCCAUGCUGCACGUUUGAACAGUAAUAUCUAAUCCGACAUCCUCCGCCCAUCAUGGCGCAGCCCCACCAGGGAGCUUACGAUGAUGGCUACGGUGCUCAACACCCACACGACCCUCAUGCAGCGCAAGAUGGGUACUACCAAGACGGCCAGGCGUACUAUGACCAACAUGGUGCCGCGUACGGCCAGGGCCAGCACGAUGGCUACUACGACGACAAUGGAUACUAUCAGGCCCAGCCUGGCCAAGAAGGGUACGCGCAAGACGGAUACUACGAUGCCCCUGGUCAACAAGGUUAUCAAGACGAGUACUACAACGACCAGUACUACGACCAGGGAGCUCCAGCUGCAGGCCAGUAUCAGCAACAAGGUCGCGCGUACGCAGGCCAGCGUAGGAGCGGUCGACGCGGUCACGACUCAGAAGAAGACUCCGAGACCUUUAGCGACUUUACCAUGAGAUCAGACAUGGCUCGCGCUGCGGAAAUGGACUACUACGGGCGUGGCGAUGAGCGCUACAACUCGUAUGGCGAUGGCACGGGACGAGGUUACCGUCCACCAUCAUCGCAAGUGUCCUAUGGUGGCAACCGCUCCUCGGGCGCGUCAACACCGGUAUACGGUAUGGACUACACGAGUGCUUUGCCAGCUGGCCAACGGUCUAGAGAGCCAUAUCCAGCCUGGACCUCGGACGCACAGAUUCCACUCUCCAAGGAGGAGAUUGAAGACAUCUUCCUCGAUUUGACUGCAAAGUUUGGUUUCCAGCGUGACAGUAUGCGAAACAUGUUCGACCACUUGAUGACCCUCCUCGAUUCUCGCGCCUCCCGCAUGUCGCCCAAUCAGGCACUCCUCUCGUUGCACGCCGACUACAUUGGCGGUGAGAACGCCAAUUUCAGACGGUGGUACUUCGCCGCUCACCUCGAUCUCGACGACGCUGUUGGCUUCGCAAACAUGAAGCUCGGAAAGGCGAAUAGAGCGACCAGAAAGGCGCGCAAGGCCGCAAAGAAGAAGAAGGACGCCAACCCUGAGAAUGAAGAGGCGACUCUGGAGAGUCUCGAGGGUGACAACAGCUUGGAAGCCGCCGAAUACCGCUGGAAGACACGUAUGAACCGCAUGUCUCAGCACGACCGGACCCGACAGAUUGCGUUGUACCUCCUCUGUUGGGGCGAAGCCAACCAAGUGCGUUAUAUGCCUGAGAUCAUGGCCUUCAUCUUCAAGUGCGCAGAUGAUUUCUACCAUUCUCCCGCAUGCCAGAACCGUGUCGAGCCAGUCGAGGAGUUCACGUACUUGAACAAGUGCAUCACACCAUUGUACACCUACUGCAGAGACCAAGGAUACGAGAUCUACGAGGGCAAGUACGUCCGCAAGGAGCGUGAUCACCAAAAGGUCAUUGGCUACGAUGACAUGAACCAGCUCUUCUGGUAUCCCGAAGGUAUCGAGCGCAUCGUUUUUGAGGAUAAGACCCGCCUUGUCGAUCUGCCACCUGCGGAGCGGUACGAGCGUCUCGGUGACGUUAUCUGGAAGAAGGCCUUCUUCAAGACGUACAAGGAGACACGUUCUUGGUUCCACAUGUUGACCAAUUUCAAUCGUAUCUGGAUUAUCCACGUUUGUGUCUUCUGGUUCUACACUGCAUUCAACUCGCCAACUCUGUACACCGCCAACUAUCAGCAACAGCUCAACAAUAAGCCCCACGGCGCCGCUCAGUGGUCUGCUGUCGCUCUUGGUGGUACUCUCGGUUGUCUUAUUCAAAUCCUGGCUACUCUGGUAGAAUGGAUGUACGUUCCACGACGAUGGGCCGGCGCACAGCACUUGACCAAGCGCCUGUUUUUCCUCCUGGGCAUGUUUGUUCUCAACCUCGCUCCCGCUGUCUACAUCUUUGGCAUCAACCAAAAAGGCAAGAUUGCCCUUAUCUUGGGUGUUGUCCAAUUCUUGAUCGCCUUGGGCACUGUCUUCUUCUUCGCCAUCAUGCCUCUUGGUGGACUGUUCGGAAGCUACCUGAAUGGUAAGCGACGACAGUACGUGUCUUCUCAAACCUUUACAGCCAGCUAUCCUCGUCUGGAAGGCAAUGACAUGUGGAUGUCGUACGGUAUGUGGGUUUUGGUCUUUGCGGCGAAGCUUGCUGAGUCUUACUUCUUCCUGACUCUCUCGUUCCGUGACCCUAUCCGCAUCUUGUCGACCAUGGACAUCCAGAACUGUCUCGGAGACCAGAUCAUCGGCACAAUCCUGUGUUACCAUCAGCCAACAGUACUUCUCAUUCUGAUGUACUUCACUGACCUGAUCCUCUUCUUCUUGGACACUUACCUCUGGUAUGUUAUUUGGAACUGCGUCUUCUCCGUGGCACGAUCUUUCUAUCUUGGUGUGUCUAUCUGGACGCCAUGGAGAAACAUCUUCUCUCGCCUGCCGAAGCGUAUUUACUCGAAGAUCCUGGCCACCACCGACAUGGAGAUCAAGUACAAGCCCAAGGUCCUCAUUUCGCAGAUCUGGAACGCUAUCGUCAUUUCCAUGUACCGCGAGCAUUUGUUGGCCAUUGAUCACGUCCAGAAGCUCCUCUACCACCAGGUUCCAUCCGAGCAGGAGGGCAAGCGCACUCUUCGCGCUCCCACCUUCUUUGUGUCUCAAGAAGACCACUCCUUCAAGACUGAAUUCUUCCCAUCGCAAUCUGAGGCUGAGCGUCGUAUCUCUUUCUUUGCCCAGUCUCUGUCGACGCCAAUCCCGGAGCCAUUGCCAGUGGACAACAUGCCAACCUUUACGGUCAUGAUUCCCCACUACGGCGAGAAGAUCUUGCUGUCCCUCCGAGAGAUUAUUCGUGAAGACGAGCCAUAUUCCCGAGUCACCAUGUUGGAAUACCUCAAGCAAUUGCACCCUCACGAGUGGGAUUGCUUCGUGAAGGACACCAAGAUUCUCGCUGACGAGACCUCGCAAUUCAACGGCGACUACGAGAAGAAUGAGAAGGAUACGCAGAAGAGCAAGAUUGACGACCUGCCAUUCUACUGCAUUGGUUUCAAGUCUGCUGCGCCAGAAUACACUCUUCGCACACGUAUCUGGGCCUCCCUGCGCUCGCAGACUCUCUACCGCACCAUCUCUGGUUUCAUGAACUACAGCCGCGCCAUCAAGCUGCUGUACCGCGUCGAGAAUCCCGAAGUCGUCCAGAUGUUCGGUGGCAACUCUGACAAGCUCGAGCGCGAGCUCGAGCGCAUGGCUCGUCGCAAGUUCAAGAUUGUUGUCUCCAUGCAGCGCUACGCCAAAUUCUCCAAGGAGGAACGCGAGAACGCAGAGUUCCUCCUGCGCGCCUACCCUGAUCUCCAGAUUGCCUAUCUCGACGAAGAGCCUGCCACCCAAGAGGGCGAGGACCCCAGACUCUUUUCUGCUCUCAUCGAUGGUCACUCUGAGCUUAUGGAGAAUGGCAUGCGUCGUCCCAAGUUCCGUGUCAUGCUUUCCGGUAACCCAAUUCUUGGUGAUGGAAAGUCUGACAACCAGAAUCACUGCCUGAUCUUCUACCGUGGAGAGUACAUUCAGCUCAUCGAUGCCAACCAGGACAACUACCUCGAAGAGUGCUUGAAGAUUCGAUCUGUGCUUGCUGAGUUUGAGGAGAUGACUACUGAUAAUGUCUCGCCAUACACUCCUGGUCUGCCACCUACCAAGUUCAACCCUGUUGCCAUUCUCGGAGCUCGUGAGUACAUUUUCUCUGAGAACAUCGGUAUUCUCGGUGAUGUUGCUGCUGGAAAGGAGCAGACAUUCGGUACCCUGUUCGCUCGUACUCUGGCCCAAAUCGGUGGUAAGCUUCAUUACGGUCACCCGGAUUUCCUGAACGGUAUCUUCAUGACUACUCGUGGUGGUGUCUCCAAGGCUCAGAAGGGUCUUCACUUGAACGAAGAUAUCUACGCCGGUAUGAACGCCAUCCUCCGUGGUGGUCGCAUCAAGCACUGCGAGUACUACCAGUGUGGCAAGGGUCGUGAUCUUGGUUUUGGAUCGAUUCUGAACUUCACCACCAAGAUUGGUACUGGUAUGGGAGAGCAAAUGUUGUCUCGCGAGUACUACUAUCUCGGAACCCAACUGCCUUUGGACCGCUUCCUGUCAUUCUACUACGCCCAUCCCGGUUUCCACAUCAACAACUUGUUCGUCAUGUUGUCGGUGCAGCUCUUCAUGUGGUGCUUGCUCAACCUGGGUGCCCUCCGACACGAGACCAUUGCUUGCCGAUACAACCGCGAUGUGCCCAUCACCGAUCCGCUCUUCCCCACUGGUUGCGCUAACAUCGUUCCUAUCAUGGACUGGGUACAGCGUUGCAUUGUCUCCAUCUUCAUCGUGUUCUUCAUCUCCUUCGUGCCUCUCACGAUUCAAGAAUUGACGGAACGUGGGUUCUGGCGUGCGGCAACUCGUCUGGCAAAGCACUUCUCCUCGCUGUCUCCUCUCUUCGAGGUGUUCGUCACCCAGAUCUACGCCUACUCGCUGCAGCAAGAUUUGUCUUUUGGAGGCGCUCGCUACAUUGGUACCGGUCGUGGUUUUGCCACCGCCCGUAUGCCAUUCGGUGUGCUCUACUCGCGAUUCGCAGGUCCUUCCAUCUACCUGGGUGCCCGACUUCUGAUGAUGCUGCUCUUCGGUACCUUGACGGUCUGGGGUUACUGGCUGCUUUGGUUCUGGGUGUCUCUCCUGGCGCUCUGCAUUUCGCCUUUCCUGUUCAACCCUCACCAGUUCGCUUGGGCCGACUUCUUCAUCGACUACCGCGAGUUCCUCCGCUGGUUGUCUCGCGGCAACACCAAGGCACACUCGGCGUCCUGGAUCGGAUUCGUCCGUCUGUCGCGUACUCGUCUCACGGGUUUCAAGCGCAAGGCACUCGGAGAGCCAUCGGCCAAACUCUCUGGCGACACACCUCGUUCCAAGUUUACCAACGUGUUCUUUAGUGAGAUCGUUGGCCCACUUGUGCUGGUCGCUGUCACCCUGAUCCCAUAUCUGUUUAUUAAUGCCGGUGUGGGAGUCAUUCCGAGCAACAAUACCGAUGGACAGAAUCUCAAGGCCACCAGCUCGCUGAUUCGUGUUGCAAUCUGCGCCUUUGGCCCCAUCGGUGUCAACGCUGGUGUCGCUGGUGGCUUCUUCGCCAUGGCUUGUUGUAUGGGUCCAGUGCUUAGCAUGUGCUGCAAGAAGUUUGGUGCCGUCCUGGCUGGUAUCGCUCACGCCAUUGCUGUCAUCAUGCUGUUGGUCUUCUGGGAAGUCAUGUUCUUCCUCGAGAGCUGGAGCUUCGUCAAGGCUCUUCUGGGCAUGAUCGCAGUCGUUGCGAUUCAACGCUUCAUCUUCAAGCUCAUCAUCGCCCUUGCUCUGACAAGAGAAUUCCGCGCCGACACAUCCAACAUAGCAUGGUGGACCGGAAAGUGGUAUGCUCUUGGAUGGCACACACUUUCGCAGCCUGGCCGUGAAUUCCUCUGCAAGAUCACCGAGAUGGGUUUCUUUGCUGCGGACUUUUGCUUGGGACACGUACUCUUGUUCUUCAUGCUGCCAGCCCUCCUUGUUCCUUACAUUGACAAGUUCCACUCUGUCAUGCUCUUCUGGCUCAGGCCCAGUCGUCAAAUUCGACCUCCCAUCUACUCUCUCAAGCAAUCGAAACUUCGACGGAGACGUGUCAUUCGCUACGCGAUUCUCUACUUCUCCAUGUUUGUUCUGUUCAUCAUCUUGAUGGUCGGACCGGUCAUUGCCAAGAAGUUGAUUGACAUCCCGAAGAUCGACAUCAUGGAACUCCAGCAGCCAUCUGACUGGAACAACAAUGACACCACGAACUCCCAGACGGGUACCGCCCUCGGCUCCGGAGCCAGACCGACGGCCAGACCAUCGGCUACUCGUGAAGCAUCGAGGAUGAUGGCGAGGAUGAUGAUGGAUGCUUACCAGCAAAUGUAGAGACUGCGAAAAAGCAUCUUUUUGACGACACGGCCGAGCAGAGAAUUAUCACUCCCAGAUUGCACGUUAACUAGACCCGCUGCCUGGACACGACACGACGUUCUGUCGUGGAGUUGUCUCAUGUACCAACAGCAUCAUGAGGAGCGGGAAGACGCUCUACCAUCGUCGCCCAUGGGCGAGUUGCGGGUGGAUGAUGGGAGCAACUGUAUUUCACAUUAUACAUGGAAUGAAUUUGGCGCAUACAGAUGGCAUGGGUGAGGCGCAACAUACAUGAUGUUUUGUUCAUCACUGCUCUUCAAAUAGUUUGCCUGUGGAUGGGCUGCUCCGUUGCGAUGGGAGUAAGAACAUUGCAAGCAGGAUCAAUGUUUGUUGAUAAGAAAAAAAUUCAGAAGUAUCAGUUUUCGGC